ACGCGUUUUUGGGAGUCAAUGGGUGUUUGACCCUGUUGGCGAUUGCGAGGUUAUGACCAAUUUUGAUCAGCACUUUUGAAGUGCAGCAUGCAUGGACAUUUGGUUAAAAUAUGUGCAUACUUCCAGCCUUAGGGGACUCCCCACUCACUAACGUACUGGAGCCAAAGGACAUCACCUACUUAGUUGCACAGCUCUGUGGCGCGCCAGCCAUGGCCAGCGGCGGCGCCUCUCCUCCGCGCAACAGCGGUGCCCAGCUAAGCGAGGCCUGCUCUCGGCUGCGCGUGGGCGAGGAGGCCGCCAACACUGCCGGCUCGCCGGCGGCCGGCGCCAGCGCACGUGACGUCGUGCCCCACAACUGGCAGGCCAGCAAGUCGACGGUGGUGGAGAGGAUCGCGUACCUCUUCAACAACGCGGCCAUGAGCGACGUGCGGUUUGUGGUGGGCCGCGACACGGACCGCCAGGUGGUGCCCGCCCACAAGUUCGUGCUCAGCAUCGGCAGCGCCGUGUUCGACGCCAUGUUCAACAGCUCGCUCUCCUCGGACGAGGAGUUGAUCCAGGUGCCCGACGUGGAGCCACAAGCCUUUCUCUCGCUGCUGCGCUUCCUGUACACGGACGAGGUGGUGAUCGGCCCGGAGACCGUCAUGACUGUCCUCUACACGGCCAAGAAGUACGCGGUGCCGGCGGUGGAGCGCACCUGCGUGGACUUCCUGCAGCGCAACCUUAGUCCGGACAACGCCUUCAUGCUGCUGACGCAGGCGCGCCUGUUCGACGAGCCGGAGCUGGCCGCCCUCUGCCUGGACACCAUCGACAACAGCACGUCGGUGGCGCUGGCCGCCGACGGCUUCGUGGACGUGGACAAGGCUACGCUGUGCGCUGUCCUGGAGCGCAACACGCUGCGCAUCCGCGAGUCGCGUCUCUUCGCCGCUGUGCUCAGGUUUUCGGUGGACCGACGCAUAUUCGUGGUGGGCUUCGGCAUCUACGGUGCUAUCCACGGGCCCAGCGAGCACGACGUAGCCAUAGGCCUGAUCAACGUCCGAACCGGCGAGGUGCUGGCAAGUCACGAGGUGCCCGUGCACAGCGACGGAUCGGACAGCACUUUCCGCGCCAUGUUUCGAGGCCCAUUGGAGGUCGAGCCGGGCGUUCAGUACAUCGCGUCCGUCACGCUCAAGGGCCUCGACUCGUACUACGGCACGCACGGCUCGCGGCUCGUGCCCGUCGAGUGCGCCAGCGGCGGCGGCAGGGUAACGUUUCACUUCGAGGCGCCGACCGGUAACAACAACGGCACGUCCGUGGAGGACGGCCAGAUCCCGGAGAUUAUCUUCUACGUGUGAGCGGGGCCGGAGCGUCGUCGCUGCGUCGGCAGACGCCGCCCGGCCGGCGUGGCCCUCCCGGCGGAGCGACAGUCAAACCCGCCGGCCUGGGCCGCGGCCCGCCAGUGUACGGACCUGGCUGUGCGUGUGCGUGUCGUAUGGUCCAGCGAGCUUGGUGUCAUGACGACGCCGGUUCCCAACGAGACCCGUGCUUUCCGCGUGAUCAAACCAUUGUCCCUGAGAUACCUUGUCCCAUGAGCUCAGGUCAGAGACUGCCGUCUUCUUGGGCGCCAGUUGGUUGCUGGUGAAAGUUUUGACGACUGUUUAGUCAACGUGUGGAUGCCGCCCAUACGAUAAUGCUGUUGAGGACUUUCAGUCGCCUUCAGAACCGAGACCUGCGAUGUUUGUCAUGACGUAUUGUUAUCAUGUGUUGUGCUGACGGACAUGAUCGCCUCUUUAGUUCUGAAUGUUGUCCGUUUUAUCUCGGCGCGAUGUCUGUGGUGCGAUUCGGUUCGAUGUGGAGGGCCAGCUCGCGAUUUUCGCGGCAGAAAAGCCGCCGCCGCCAUGGUAACUCGGAGGCAGAAGACAAUAGCCGUCAGUGUUUGUCCGCCGAUUGGCGUGCCAGUGGCGACCGUCAGAGUGCACCGUCUGGAACUUGUAUGUUUUCACUCAGGUAUGUGCAAACGGUUGUGCCCGGGCGCAAGGCUUGCAAUGAUGCGACGGGGCGGGUAUAGCUCAGCCGCCAGUUGGUUCGUGGCGCCUCAUCUGGCCGCAGCGGUUUCGCUAGCUGUGCGCCCACCGUUCUGGCACUGAGUGCGUAGCGUGCUCCUAAACAGACGCAGUCAUGUGACGGAUGCGUGGUGCCGGUGGUUGAGGAUCUCAGAUGCUCCUCAGAAAGCUGCGCUUCACUUGUGAUAUGUACCAGCUGGAGGCGGCGCACAUGACGCCACUGCCAGGGCGCCACUGCCAGGGGCUGUCGCGCUGUAUGCCUGCACGUGCGACGUACAGUUCCGUUCCAUGGCGCUGUCGAGCUGUCGGUGGUCAGCGAGACUUCAGCAUACGGGGACGCGACGAGGAUGGUGCAUGUGCCGUCAUACGUGGCUGUUUGAGUGUGGUCAGGAUAUGACGUCGUCCAACCGCCCGUGACCCACGAGGCCUCAUCAGAGGGGGCACCGGAGGGCGUGCCAGAGGGCCCGAAUGUUUUUGUGUUGUCAGGACACUCGGUCCCAGGGGUGUCAUCGCGAGGCCGAGGGUAGCCCGGUGACCCGGCCGACCUUUCGAAGGCGACGUUGGAUGUUCCGCUCGUGCCGUCGCUAGACGUUGCCGCAGCAAAUACAUCCCUGUGGGCCGCCAGCCGUCGCCUAUAGACUCGCAGCGUAGGCAGGUGCUUAUUCGCUUAUCAGUACUGGCCGCCAGAUCAGUGUUGCUCCGCGGACAUCCUGUCCUGUCGGUGACAGUCAGCGCAGACAUCCUGUCCUGUCGGUGACAAUCAGCGCAGACAUCCUGACCUGUUGGUGACAAUCAGUCGUGGACAUCCUGACCUGUCGGUGACAAUCAGCGCAGACAUCCUGUCCUGUCGGUGACAGUCAGCGCAGACAUCCUGUCCUGUCGGUGACAAUCAGCGCAGACAUCCUGACCUGUCGGUGACAAUCAGCGCAGACACCCUGUCCUGUCGGUGACAAUCAGCGCAGACAUCCUGACCUGUCGGCGACAAUCAGCGCAGACAUCCUGACCUGUCGGUGACAAUCAGUCGUGGACAUCCUGACCUGUCGGUGACAAUCAGCGCAGACAUCCUGUCCUGUCGGUGACAGUCAGCGCAGACAUCCUGUCCUGUCGGUGACAAUCAGCGCAGACAUCCUGGCCUGUCGGUGACAAUCAGCGCAGACAUCCUGACCUGUCGGUGACAAUCAGUUGUGGACAUCCUGACCGGUCGGUGACAACCAGCACGAACAUCCUGUUCUGUCGGUGACAAUCAGUCGUGGACAGUUAUAACGAGUUAACUUUAAAACCUGCCACAACAUUCAGCGACACGUGAAAGUUCAUGUAUUACACCCAGACGUGUGCAAAUUUGACCAAGUGUUUA